AUACAUCUCACUCACAAACAAACCCCAACGCAAGCCACAUUAAACCGAACCAGCCAAAAUUAUAAUACUUAAAUAUUUAACUAUUUUAUUCUCGUGCUACCCACAAAGUUAUUUGAAACACUAUGCAGGCGAAAACUAAACCUACAUUGGCAUAUACUGUCCCCCAUAAUUGGAUGUUUGAUAAGGAUCUUCGGGUCAAGAGCGAGUUUAAGCUGUACAACCUAAUGCCAGGCAGUGGCUUCCGAAGUCGACUACUGCGGCGCUGCCAUGAGAAGGGGAUUUCGGGAUACAUAGUGUUCACCCACAGCGGAAGCCGAGCUUUCGGGGUGAUGAGUGGCAAGCGCAGAAGCAUAACCGAGAUGAAGGACUGGCUUUUGAGAACUUGCAUUCCGGAACCCUUCUCAAAGCGAAUUGCGUUUUCGUCCUACGAGAUAUGCUUCAACCCGAACCGAAAAAACUUUCAGGUGAAGGACACUCUGCCCCAGGACGCAAAGUUCCUGGGCGACAUGGACGAGAAAUACGUUGAGGGGAAAAAGUGCAAGCCAGGGAAAAAAAGCAAAGAACUCGGCGAAUAUGCCGAUUUCUAUAAUUCGGAUUUUUUUAUCGAUGCGGAAAAGGCCUGCGAAAACGAUGAUGCAAGCACAAUAUUCAAUUCUGAGACCACCUAGGCCUUUCUCGCAGUGUAGAUGCGACUCGUGCUGGCCAUUGUUCAACACUAUUUGCGCUACUUAAUCUCUUAAUUAAAUAUGCGACUAACUGGCAGCUCGAAGGCACUCGCAGAGUGGCCCAGACAUCGUCGUUUAGUGUCGAAA